UGUAGAAAUCAUCGCCGCGCUUGCGCUUUUCGCGCCGCGAGUCGGAUGUGCAGCAUGGCCAAUGGACGAAGGCCAAGGCCGUCGCUUUGGCCGCGCCAUCGCCCGGGCAAGGCGAGCAGGAUGGCGGCAGGCUCAGCAGGUGCUCGCGGAGAUGCGGCCGCUCCAAGUCCAGAGGGACCUACUGCACUGCAACGCGGUGCUCAGCGGCUGUGCGGAUUUUCGCCGCUGGCAGAUGGCCAGCGCGCUCUUUCAGCUCAACGGGCUGCAGCUGGACGUGCGCAGCUUCAACAUUGCUGCUUCCGCCACGGCGCUGCUCGCCUGGCGUCGCUCCCUGCUGGGCCUCUCGCAGCUGCGGUGGGCUGGCCUGGAGCCUUCGCCGAUCACCUUGGGCGGGCUCUGCAGCUCUCAGGGCAAGGCUCUCCGCUGGCGCGCGGCUCUCGAGCUGCUGGCAGUCCCAGGCUUCCGCCCCUCCUCCGCGCACCUGGGGCCCAUCAUGGCGGCGGCGCCCUGGUGUCAGGCGCUGCGGCUGCUUUGCCUGCUGUGGCAAAGCGGGCAAGAGGCCUCCGAUUUGGCGCUCAGCGCCUGCCAAACCGCCGGAGCUGCCGCGUCCGCGUCGGCGUCGGCGUCGGCAAACUCCGGCGGCUGGCGGCGGCAGCUGGCGCCGCUGCUCAACGCGCAGCUGGGCGGCGCUUGGAUCCGGCAGCUGCAGCAGCUGGCCGCGGCCAGGCGCAAGCGGUUUUCGCACAUCAAACAGUCCACAAAGGAGGACGGCUUGGAGGCUUAA